ACAGAUAAGGAGCUUAAAUUACCACGAGGUAAUACUGUAUAUAUAUAAUGCGGCUACAAACAUUGCAAUCUGUUAUCAGCAUGAUGCCGUACUCACUGGAGCCCAGAUAAUGUACGAAGCCGAAUAUCUGCAAGGCACAGGCAACAAACUACUGUGAAACUCCUAAAUGGAGGAACAGACGCCGACCACGGAAGUUUUGAUCUCGAAUGGUGAGCAGGUCGUGCAAGAUUCCGGCACCCUUCGGCCAAUAUGGAAGGAUUCCUAUACUCAGAUUCUUGGUGCCUGCAUUGUUCACUUGCUAACUGUUCAAGCUGGAAUAAACAUGGCAUUCGCUACCAUAUUGACAGCGCAUUUGAAAGAAAACGGAAAUGACGAUGUAAUACAACUUCAGCCUGGACAAGACAGUUUGAUUGCCAGUUUGGUCACAAUAUCUACACCCAUUGGGUCACUCCUGUCUGGCCGGUUAAUUGAUGAGUUUGGACGAAGGAAUGUCAGCAUGUUCGUAUGCAUUCCAUACCUGAUUUCCUGGAUCUUGAUCUAUUGGUCCUACAACAUAGUCUGGCUAUAUGUUGGUAGAUUUUUGGCAGGAGCGGCAGCCGGACUUUCCAGCGUUGCGAUAUACUACACUUCAGAAACGACACAUCCAGUGUGGCGGCCAAUGCUCCUAGGUUUGACUUCGGUUAACGUGUCUUUUGGAAUCCUGUUGACAUCCGUACUCGGCAAGUGGCUUUAUUGGAGAACGGUUGCAGUUGUAUUCGCCGCUUUUACUGCUGUUAUAUUCUGUCUCAUCACGACUCUCCCAGAAAGUCCGCACUGGCUCUUGUCCUUUAAAAAUGGAACGCAAGAUGCACACAGGAUAGAUCAAGCCCGGAAAUCGCUGAAAUACUUCAAUCGUAAUAACGCAAAAGCUGAGAGGGAACUGGUCCAAUUACUCAAUAAUUAUCGUACGAGGAGAGUAGAUGUCUCGAUGAGACAGGACGAGACACUAAAGGAGAAAUUGAAGAGCUUCAAGAGGCCGGAAAUAUACAAACCAAUUCUUUUGCUGCUAAUUAUUUUCUUUUUUCAACAAAAUACCGGGUCUUACGUCAUAGUUUUUUAUGCCGUCGAGUUGUUUGGAGAAUUGGGUGGACAGUUUGGCUAUCUCGAUGCAUAUUGGGCGAUGAUAUUGAUGGGGGCAAUUCGCUUCGUAAUAGCAAUAAUCGCGAUGAUACUUUCGUUGAAAUAUGGUCGGCGAAUUUUGUGCAUGAUCAGCGGACUAGGAAUGGGAUUAUCGAUACUGUCCGCCUCGCUUUACAUGCAUCUCAGCCAAUUUGAGACGAAAAUUCCCACUUUGGUAUUCGUCCUCGUCUUUGUGUGCUUCAGUGCAAUUGGCUGGCAGACGAUUCCGUGGUCAUUGACUGGGGAACUACUACCUACCAAGCUCAGAGCUAUUGUUGGAGGAAUAAUGACUAGUUAUGCUUAUUUGAUGAUGUUUCUUGUCGUCCUCACGUUUCCAGCUCUCAACGAACUGAUCGAAGUCAAGGGUGCUUUUUUAAUUUAUGGUAUCAUCUCUUUCGCCAGCACGGCAUUCGUUUGGAAAUAUUUACCCGAAACAUUCGGGAAAACGUUAACGGAAAUUGAACAUUUCUUCAAAUAGUUCCCAUGAAUAAUGGGGUAAUAUAUAUUUUUCUUCUCUUAAUAUAAUUCUCAAGAAAUUGCAUUUUAUACUCAAUUUUAGA